AUGGAUCUCAACACCAAACUCAUUCUCGAUGAGCUCAAGUCGGUGCAAACCAACCUCACAAAUCGCAUCGAUGCGGUCGAGCACUCCAUUGGUGCCCGCGUCGGUUCCUUGGAGGACGCCGCGAAGGUGCUCGACGCCUGGAAGCCAAUGAUGGACGCCUCCGUGGCGGAACUGCGCGCGGAGAUUGGAGCCUUCAGGAAGACGGAGGAGAGGGUGGAGCUGCUGCGGGAGGAGAUGACUGCGCUGCGCAAGUCGGUGAGCCGCUCCAUCCUCGGCGCCACGCAGGCCGCGUCGACCGGCGUGCUGCAGCGUCCCAAGGAGUCUCCGGCGUGGAUUCCCGCUGGCUGGACUCACUUCCUCCCAUUAGGGCCCCACGAGGAAUCAAGUCACCGGGGAUUUGAGUCUUAUGCUCAAUCCCCGGUCAAGGGUACGUUCAUACCGCCUGAUCCCGAUUCCAAACCCAAGCUGUAUCGAUCCUAUUCGAGUUCAGCUCUCGUUGCUGGCACUCAGGGCGGUUCGGGAGGGGUACAUGGGUCUCUGGAUCAUCGUGGUCAUGAGGAUGGGGAUGGGGGCAAUUUUCAUCUACCUAAAAUCAAUUUUCCUCCAUUUGAUGGUUCCAACCCAAAGUUGUGGCUCAGGCGUUGCUUAGAUUAUUUUGAGAUGUACCUUGUUCCAUGCCGUCGCUGGGUCAAGGUGGCCAUCAUGCACCUGUCUGGCGCCGCAGCGUGUUGGUUGCAAUCGAUGGAGGAGCAGGUUCGUUCGGGGGGAUGGGAGCAGUUUUAG